AUGGCUCGAAUUGCGGCCAAGCGAAUGGCUCGAGUUGCGGCUAAACAAUUUCGAUUCAUGGAUUUGCCACCGGAACUUCGUCUCAUGAUCUUGGGUCAUGUGAUGCCGGACUACGACGUUGAAUGGAGGCAAGAGUCAAAGAAGCCGAUUCGCGGGAGGAGCCGCGUCCAUGGAUUCUAUUCCAGCCGGUCCCCUUGCGCACGAUCCACCGCGGGCCGUUUCUGCAACUCGCAUCGUUGCUCCUGUUCGCUAGACAGCUCGCUCAUAUUCAAAAUUGCGCCGUCUUCCCUAUGGCUUGUCAGCCGAAUGUUCCGAGACCACUGCGACGCAAUCCUCUUCCCUCGCAUGCGUUUGUCAGUCCUCACCACGCCUGAGCGCCAAGAGGGCCUCAUCCAUUUCCCGAAUAGGAAAAACAGGCCGCGGCACAAACAGCCCGCGCCUCACACGCUGUUCUUCGAUACCCUGUCUUCGAAUGAGUCGAGAGCCGGAUCCCUCAACUACUUGGAAGUCGACAUAGGGGUGCUGUACGAAUGUAUGCCUGUUCGAGACCAUACCUGGAGUGUUGUUCCGGGACCAAGCCGCGUUCCUGCACUGGACCGCCCAUGGCUAGAAUCGGUCUACAAGAUCAAAGACCUACUUGACCUGAAGCGACUCGCAAUCAAGGUCCGCCUCGCCCUCGUAAAUCCACCCACUCGUGACGUUAAUGCGCCGCUGGCCGAAGAAGACCUUGAGUAUUUGAGGGACAUCGUGGACAGGCACGUGUGGCCCCUCAACAGCGUUGGGGUGGUACCCGGCGUGUAA